AAUAAAUGAUGUCACUGUGUCCUUAUCUUCUCCUUCAUCUUUGUCUUAUUGUUCAUAUCCAAACAAACAAAGUUUCCAUAAAAAAAAAAAAACAAAAACAUAUGCAACACCCUCAGUUCCAAUGUUGAUAGCAGACUGGUCUAAACUCCCUAAAGAACUUCUCCAAAUCAUUUCCGAAAAACUGAACUGCGAAUUCCAUGAACUACGCUUCCGAUCUGUAUGUUCAUCAUGGCGUUCUUCUUCCAUUCCUCCCAAAAACCAUCUUCUCAACUUACCUUCCAAAUUCCCAUACCCUUCCAAAAACAACAACAACACUUCCACUUACCCUAUCUUUAAACGCACCAUUUUCCUCAUCAACCCACCUCCAAAUCAACAACAACAACAAACCCUAAACCCUUGGCUCAUCAAAAUCGGUCUUGACUCACGUGGCCGUACUAGUCUCUGGAACCCUCUCUCACGUGAUAAGCAACUUCGUCUUCGAUUUCAACUCCCUCAUUACUUUGAUUUCAACCAACUAUCACUCUUCAAACUCGGUCAUGAGUUUGUCAUCGGUGAUUUUCCUUCCGUAUAUCCCAAUGAGUCUUAUUCUACUGAGAACUCACACUUUAUGAAGAAGGUUGUUGCUUAUGAUGACACAUUGAAUUCUGGCAACGAUAGGAGUUGUUCUGUUCUUCUCACUAUUCAUAUUUCCGGGAAACUUGCCAUUUUUCGGAGUGGUGAUCAGCAGUGGAUGAUUAUGCCUGAAAUGCCUCCGAAUCCUUACACCGAUGUAUGUGUUUUCAAUGGGAGGCCUAUUGCUGUUGAUAGUGCUGGUCGGACUGUUGUGGUGGGAUCGGAUUUAAGUUUGGAUUUGGUGGCGGAGGCUGUGUUUGGGGGAGAUACAAAAUAUUUGGUGGAGAGUGAUGGUGAGUUGUUGCUAGUUGAUAAGUAUUCCAAUCGUGUUGGACAGUUUAGGCAGUUUAGGCAGUUUGAGCGGUCUGACUAUGAGCAGUCUGACCUAUUUUCUUUCGGUGCUGUUGAUGAAAGAGAUUACGUGAUUGGAAUAGAGAGAGCUGUGAGAUUUGAUGUGUUUAGGCUUGAUGAAAAUGACAAGAAAUGGGUGAAGUUGACAAAUUUGGGGGAUAGGGUUUUGUUUUUGGGGAAAGAUUGUGCUUUUUCUGUUAAGGCUUCGAAUUUGCCUAUGGCAAAUGGGAAUUGCCUGAUAUUUAGGGAUGAUGAUUAUGGCCGUGAUCUUCAUUCAACUGGGCUUGGGAUAGACGUUUUUUGCUUGGAUAAACAACAGAUUUUGCCUUUGUCCAGUCUUCCUCGUUGUUCUAACUUGUUUUGGCCACCUCCUCAAUGGACCGGAUUGGAUUGAAAGGUGUUGAUUGGGUCAUCUGAAUUUCACAUUGCUUCUUUAAAGAGAAAGAUAAACAGAACGUCGUAUUGUAGUUUACUAGUAUGUAAGAAAUAUAUAUAAUGGAGUAGGAAAGGAAGGCCUGGUCUGUGGUAGAUAGGCUAUUAAGUAGGUUUAAGAAUGAUGACAAAUUAUAUCAUGUAUUAAAAUGUUAUUUCAUUCUGCUUUUGAAUCAUUAUUAGGACCUUUUGUUUCUUUGGAUUUAAAAUGUAAUGGAUUGUUGUUAUUGGUUUCUCUUUGUUUAUUGUACUGCUAAUGUAUCUUCUGGUGAAGUUUAUAUUUGA